CAUCAUAAGCAAUUAUUGUAAAACAAGAGUUUAACGGAGCUAUCGUAUUAUCGUGUAUGACGGAUCGUCGCGGCGUGCAUGACAGUCGUGUAAAAACUUUUAACACUUUAUAUAAAGACUUCUCAUGACAAUUUCUUUUUAACUUUAGAAAGGAAGUGAUUUAGUUGAACGAAGUUAUAAGACAAUGCAUAGCUUAUUACUCUCACUAACUCUCUUCCUAACAUUCAUGUGGGCAACGGAAGCUAAGUUAUUUGUUCUGCAGUCAGAUUUUCAUAGAAGCAGAGAGAACCAUCCAGUGUGGGACCUGACAAACUCCUCUGAUGGAACUGCCAUAAUUCUCGAGCCUAAUAAGUAUAUGUCAAUAAACUUCUGUCUUCGGCGGCGUUCAACGGUUCGAUUGACGGACUUCCGGUUCUCAAAUGGGAACAAUAGUGAGAUAGUUCAGGUCAAGAUUGACGAUAUUCUCAUGGGGUUAUUCACAUCGACUACAAAUCCAAGACGGAGCUGGAAUGUUUUCUUAUCAACUGGUCCAUUUCCAAGAGUCCCUGCUCUUCCAAUUGGAUGGCACAAAUUAACUAUAUCUUUCAACGGCACGGCCGAUGGGCUUGCAGUGGAUCAUAUUGAAGUGGAUAUCGACGAUGAUAAAAUAACUAAAGAUAUUCUAUCUUGUGAACUCAGUUGUAUACCCGACCUGAACUAUCAUGUCCGCAAAAAUGAUGUGUUAACAGAAGCUUCGUUCAUUGUGCAAGAAUCUUACAAAACAACAUGUCCAGAGGUUGAUAACAUUAACGUACCUAUCUUCAAUCCUCAUGUACAGACGUAUGAAAUAACAGCCGCAUUGCCGCAGUAUCGAGCCUUUUCUAACUGGAGGACAGAAAAUACCACCGGUUGCCCCCACUUAUCGCCGUUUUACUGGUCUUUUAAUGACAUUGAAUUAUCACCUUUUAUGAGAAAUAUAAUAGAAACACCAACGGCCAAAUUGUACUUCAGUCGAGGAGAUGAUGCUUACUCCAAGGUGUCACUCCUGAUGCUAGUUUCAUUUAGACUUGAGGGAAAAUCUAAAGGAAUGGUUGAUAGUGAGAUGGGCACACUCCUGAAGGUUAAGUUUAAAUAUUUAACUGACGACGUAAGACUUACAUUUAGAUAUAAAGGCCGAUUACCUGGUAUAUCAACGCCCGAAAUAAAACACGUGCAACCAUUAAACCCGGAAACAGAAUGGAACACACGUGAUUUCACGUGGACUGAUGUAGACUAUAACGUGAUUAUUGUAAACAUUGCGUCAAAUUCCAGUAAACCACUUAGAUUGCAGCAUUUAUUCUUAGAACGUCGCCCAAUGCUUGCUGACCAAGUCAAGAGUAUUUACAAAGGAGACGAUACCAUCAUCGAGGUUGUUUUCAGUGACUUCUGGUGGUUAAAUCCAGACUCAAUGUCAGUACAUCUUUCAACAGGAGAGGUUUAUAACAAUGUUUCAUACUUUAGAAUAUACCGGCCGAUUCCAUGGAAUUCCGGUUACGCUCAAGUAUUUGUCCUAUAUCAAGACGGAAAUGCGCGUUUACUGCCAGUGCCACCGGAAGGAGUAGAUUGGAUUCCAUUCGGUUCAUCAGUUAUCAUUGGCCAAACUGAUCCGACAGUUGUCAGACCAUAUGCUUCCAUUACAGAUACUGUCAUCGAUGUGAACACUCUUAGUAUGAGUCUUCAGUAUAAAGAUGGCGGAAAGUGUCGGCUAACGUUGCUAAGUAGCUUAGCUGAAACAAGAGUGGUAGUUUCGGAUUUAUUCUUUGCAAGAAAUCCUAUAUUGUUCCCGUUCACUACGUUCAGAUCUAUGUAUGUCGCAGAGGGGAACUCUGAUGUAGACCACAUCAAAAUAAAUGGAAUCUACACAAGACAUAUCAUGGAUGACUUCAACGCAAUAAUGGGUCGUAAUUUCGUAUUUCACCGGAAAUGUAUGUCACGCCAUCUUAACUUAAGUCCUGACAUUUAUAUAGAUAUAAGGAGGACCAGGAAUGACGUUGCUAAAGUCCAGCUAAUGCAGUCAGAAUCGUUCCAGAACUUAUUACAGAGGAUACAAAAUCACAGAUAUCGAUUGUGGACACCACGUCUUCGAAGCUUGUAUUAACAACACAAUAUCACGUGACUAUCUAUUCUUCCCUCUUAUAUUUAUUGAAAGUCUGAAAAACGAAAGCUUUAUGACUAAUUGUAUAGCGUAACAAACAAAGGUUUUACUUGUUGUAUGCGGUCACUAAACUUCUUAUUACAUGGACAACUUGAACUGCGUACUUGUAUGAACUUACUGUAAAAUUCCCGAUGUGCUUUUGAACUUUGGCGGCUGUAUAUAUAACAUUUUCCUCUGCAUUUUUGUUUUGUGAUUGUACUAUAUUUAUUGAUAUAUUACCUGUAUUUUUAUCCUUUAUUGAUCAAGGUCAUUGAAUAUGUUUGUAAAGAAAUAAACAAUUUUCAGGUAGGUUUACUACAACAUCAGGUGUCAAGACUUAUAGUACCGAGUGGCAGCUGUAAAAAGUUGCCCCGUACUUCACUUCAGUGCUAUAAAUAUUUUUCUGCCCCUCAGGAUCAUUAAUUCUAGACAAAACUCAAUCAAAUCGAGUGUACAAUUUUCAUACACUAUUGUUGAUUUCAUUGCUUUCCAGGGAUCACCUCAUUUCGGUACAUUAUUUUUAAAAAAGUGAGAUCGGUUUGGUAGAAAAAUAAAUCUUAAGAUCGUUCCGAUGAUAAGUUUCCAUUAAACAUUUAUCAUAUACAGAAUUUUUUAUCAUCUUUAGUGAAUUAUCAAUAGUUUGCACGUGAAUUACGAUAAGUAAGAUACAUGUAUAUAUAUUCAUAAGCUCAUUCAGCUUCAUAUAUACUUUUUUACAAACAAAGCAUUUAUUUUGUGUUUCCUUGUGCGUCCAUUAUUGAUGAUCGAACGAUGAAGCUCAUAAUUUGUCAGAACCAUUUAUAAAACUAUUCAUCAUGUUAUUUCCGUGUUUGAAUGUAUUAUGAUGAUUUUUUUGUUAAUUUAUUACCAGUGACAUUUUAGUAAAAAAUGUAUUAAAAUUG